CUGGGGCGGGGGAGGGAGCCGCGCUCGGGAUAAAUCGGAGCUGCGGCGGCGACUCCCGAACGUUGCGCAGAAGCGAGCAGGGGACGCGGAUCGCGCUUCUCCCGUUCUACGCUCGGUCGGGAGCAGAAGGCUUGCGAAGGGGACCGCGAGGGGCUCGCCUGCUCGGAGAGGCCCCCACCCCAGGAGAUUCGGAAACGAUGGCUGAUAAACCUAAAUUGUAUUAUUUUAAUGGACGAGGCCGAAUGGAACAGAUCCGCUGGUUGUUAGCAGCUGCUGGCGUAGAGUUUGAAGAGGAAUUUUUAGAGACCCGAGAACAAUAUGAGAAGCUCCUUCAAGAUGGCUUCUUCAUGUUUCAGCAAACACCCAUGGUGGAAAUUGACGGGAUGAAGCUGGUACAGACACGGGCCAUCCUCCGUUACAUUGCUACGAAAUACAACCUGUAUGGGACGAACCUGAAGGACAGAGCAUUGAUUGACAUGUACGUGGAAGGAACGACGGACCUGAGUCUCUUUAUUUUGUCCUUCCCUUUCUUGACACCGCAGGAUCAAGAGCGCCAACUGGUUACCAUUAAAGAUAAAGCAACAAAAAGAUAUUUUCCAGUUUAUGAAAAGGUGCUGAAGGAUCAUGGACAAGAUUUCCUUGUUGGCAAUCGGUUUAGCUUGGCAGACAUUCACCUCUUUGAAACUAUUUUAAUGGUAGAGGAAAAAGUCCCCACUAUCCUGAAUGAAUUUCCUCAAUUGCAGGCUUUUAAAACAAGGAUUAGUCACAUUCCCACAAUUAAGAAGUUCCUGGAACCAGGAAGCCAGAGGAAACCUAUCCCUGAUGGUAAAUACGUGGAGACAGUGAGAAAUGUCCUCCAGAUGUAUCACCAGCUGAAGCCCAAUCCUUGAUAUUCCAUCAAGUUGUUCUGAUGUUUUCAGUUACAGAAUUUUGUAAUACGCCCAAGACCAAAGCCAUGCUUUCACAUUGGAGACACAAAGUUUGCAAGAGUAUCGCACAACCCUUGCAAGAUGGAUUAUAGACUGUGAAAAUAGCUUCUUUUGUAGAUGAUAGUUGUAGUAAAGAAAGACGAUCAAGAUUGUAAAGGGGUUUGAUAUAAGCAUUUUGACUGAUCAAGAUCAACGUUCACUAAGAGAAUCAUAUUUUUAAGAAGGGGUGUUUUAAUUCUAGAUUAUAUGUAAUCUCUGUUUGGGGUGUGUGUGUGUGUAACUCAAUAGCCUUCCUGAAAUUAUACGAUUGAGAUUUAGUGAACAAUCUCCAAAAUAGGAACUCAGAAGUUUUGUUAGAAAACGAAAUGUGGGUGCGUCAUUUUCCUAUCAAGUAAACCAAGGAUGAAAGCCUUUUGAAGAAACUCCGUCCCACCAUUCAGCAUAAUGUUAAAACAUAGUUACCCAGGCAACUGCAGCCUUCAUCACCACCACCAAGAUUUUUAUGUUUUUUGUUAAAAUGUGAUCUAUCAAAAGUUGCCUGCUUUUAAAGGGUAUUGUGAAUCAUUGCAUUGUAUGAAGAACCAUAAUAUUCUUACUAGUCCGAUAAAAUAAAGCUUAACAAGAAACAGGGAAAAUAAACCAUUUUCUAUCUAA